GGCCAGGACCGCGCACUAGGGGCCAUGGAGUUCACGGCGUCGCCCAAGCCCCAGCUUUCCUCCAGGGCCAACGCCUUCUCCAUCGCCGCGCUGAUGUCGAGCGGCGGCUCCAAAGAGAAGGAAGCUACGGAGAACACUAUCAAACCACUGGAACAAUUUGUCGAGAAGUCGUCCUGCGCUCAGCCCCUGGGCGAGCUGACCAGCCUAGACGCUCACGGGGAGUUUGGUGGCAGCGUCGCGGGCAACAGCAGCCCAUCUUCCUCCUCUCUGUGCACUGAGCCGCUGAUCCCCACCACCCCCAUCAUCCCCAGCGAGGAAAUGGCCAAAAUUGCCUGCAGCCUGGAGACCAAGGAGCUCUGGGACAAAUUCCACGAGCUGGGCACGGAGAUGAUCAUCACCAAGUCUGGCAGGAGGAUGUUUCCUACCAUUCGUGUGUCCUUUUCCGGCGUGGAUUCUGAGGCCAAGUACAUAGUCCUGAUGGACAUCGUCCCUGUGGACAACAAGAGGUACCGCUAUGCCUACCACCGGUCCUCCUGGCUGGUGGCUGGCAAGGCAGACCCUCCGCUGCCAGCCAGGCUGUAUGUACAUCCAGACUCUCCUUUUACUGGUGAGCAGCUACUUAAACAGAUGGUGUCUUUUGAAAAGGUGAAACUCACCAACAAUGAACUGGAUCAACAUGGCCAUAUAAUUUUGAACUCAAUGCAUAAGUACCAGCCACGGGUGCACAUCAUUAAGAAGAAAGACCACACAGCCUCAUUACUUAAUCUGAAGUCUGAAGAAUUCAGAACAUUCAUCUUUCCAGAAACAGUUUUUACGGCGGUCACUGCCUACCAGAAUCAACUGAUAACCAAGCUGAAAAUAGAUAGUAAUCCUUUUGCCAAAGGAUUCCGGGACUCCUCCAGGCUCACUGACAUUGAGAGGGAAAGUGUGGAGAGCCUGAUUCAAAAGCAUUCCUAUGCCCGCUCACCCAUCCGUACCUAUGGAGGAGAAGAGGAUGUGCUGGGGGAUGAGGUUCAGACAACACAAAAUCGAGGAUCAGCCUUUACAACAUCUGAUAAUUUGUCUCUCAGUUCCUGGGUAUCAUCUUCAUCCAGUUUUCCUGGAUUUCAGCACCCACAGUCCCUGACUGCUCUUGGCACCAGCACAGCAUCCAUAGCGACACCCAUUCCUCACCCUAUACAGGGCUCUCUGCCACCAUAUAGCCGACUUGGGAUGCCUCUAACCCCAUCGGCCAUUGCCAGCUCCAUGCAAGGGAGUGGCCCAACAUUCCCCUCAUUCCACAUGCCCCGGUAUCAUCACUACUUUCAGCAGGGGCCCUAUGCUGCUAUCCAAGGACUGCGCCAUUCCUCUGCUGUGAUGACGCCAUUUGUAUGA